CGCUUCUGAGUUGUGAGCAGACUUAGGAGGCAAUGUAGAGUCAAGCAGAGCAAAUCUUCACGUCAAAUCCUCCGUCCUCUUACCCUUGUUGGACACAAACAACCAAGCAUGGCCAAACCGUCAUCCUCUACAGAAGGCUUCUUCCAGGAUUUACCUACUCUUCUCCCUCAGGUUACGCUCCAAGAACAUCCAUCUGCUCUUAACAAACCCGGUACUACCAAUUUCAAGAACACGUCCGACGAUGUAGCGCUUGCCCGCACCCUAGCUCUACACCUUCCAUCGAGCGAAACUAAACCAAUUCGAACGAUACAUCAACUAUCUCGCCGAGCUUUAGAUCCAGAGGUGCUCGCUCAUGCCACAGAUGCAGAGAUAAAUCAUCCUGUUCUACGUUCACACACCACCUUCGGCCAGGAGAACCGCGUCGAUCCUCUCUGGACGGCGAAUGGCUGGAAAGCGCCGAAACUCAUAGGACAGCAAGAGGGUAUCAUCACUACCGCUUACGAUACCAACAUUACGACGUGGAACAGACGGAUUCAGUCUUUUGCAAUGAACUUUGUGUGGUCUUCUACGGGUACUAUGACGGGAUGUCCGAUGGCCAUGACAGAUGGAGCUGCCAAGCUACUACUUUCGCAUCGUGAUGAUGAAGACGAGGGACAAGUCGGUCGUGCGAGGGUGUUGAAAGAGAGCUAUGCGAGACUCAUCUCUAGUGAUGCGAGUAAAGUCUGGACAUCUGGACAAUGGAUGACAGAAAGAGCGGGAGGUAGUGAUGUCAGCGGGACAGAAACGGUAGCUCGACACCUUACAGACGAGGAAUUGGCGACUGCAGCUUCUCAGGGCCGAGACCUCGACGCUCAUGGCCUCCCACUAGGUCCUUGGACCAUCGAUGGCUUCAAGUGGUUCAGCAGCGCCACAGACUCUGAAAUGAGCAUGCUGCUUGCUCAAACACCUAAAGGUCUAAGUCUCUUCUAUGCACCUAUGCGAAGAAACCUCGUUCAGACAGACACAAACGCCUCCGAACUUAAUGGCAUCCGCAUCCAACGCUUGAAGAACAAAGUCGGCACAAAAGCACUUCCCACAGCAGAGCUAGAACUCAAAGGCAUGCGAGCAUGGCUAGUCGGCCAAGAGGGAAAAGGCGUCAAGGAAAUCUCCACGAUUCUGAAUCUCACCCGUCUAUAUACUGCGUCUGGUGCAGUAGCUGGAUGGAGUAGAGGAAUGCAGGUCUGCAGAGCGUAUUCAAAAGUCCGCAAAGUCAGGGGUGGCUUAUUACAAGACAAUAAACUCCACCUACGUUGGAUGGCUGCAGAGACAGUCAAAUACCACGCCGCGGUUCACUUCUCCUUCUUCGGCGUCGCGUUGCUAGGUGCUUCAGAACAAGGAUGGGAGGACGUGGUCAAGAACACCAAUGCCUCAAAUCUCAUCCCCAAGGAUCCAACACAAUCUGCAAAUCUAGCUCGUUUGCUCACACCUGUGAUCAAAUCACAAACUAGUCUGGCUUCUGUCCUGGGUGUCCGCGAAUGCAUGGAAUGUCUUGGUGGUGUUGGAUAUUGCGAGAACAAUGAAGAUGGCGGUCUUCUCAAUCUUGGUAAAGUGUUUAGAGAUAUCUUGGUCUCCCCCAUCUGGGAAGGCACGAUUAGCGUCAUGGCUGAAGAUGUCGUUCGUGUUAUCUCGGAUAAACGAGUUGCUGGUGGCGAUAUCCUCGAAUUCGUGUUUGCUACUUGGGUACAUGGUAUUCUUGACCUGUGCAAGAGCCAGUUUUCUGCAGAGUCUGGACUUGUGCGGAAGCGGCUUGAGGUUUUGAUAUCGCUCACAAGAGGAUGUGGGAAGGAAGAACUUCUGUUUCGAGGAAGAGAUAUUCUGGGUCAUCUGGAGGCUAUUGCCUGUGCAUGUAUACUCAUGUUUGACGCUUGUACCGAUGGUGAUGAGGUCGCUGUUGAGAUCACUCGGAGAUGGAUCAGAUCAAAAGCUUUGGAUAAAAGCGAGCAACAGAUCCAAUGGAAUUGGGAAGAAGAAGCAGCGAUGGAUAAGAAGAUCUUCUUAGCCCAACAUGACUCGGGAGUGAACAGGGCUGCGGCGAAACUCUAAUAUCGUUUGGUAGAAACACCUCUCUACAUACUGUUUACCAGUUCUCACAGAAUCGCAAUCUGCAAGAACACAUUCCUCUGGUCUGGGGGUCUGAUGUACGUGCCUUUAUCUAUACACUGUGCCGCCAUAGUUGACCCCGUUGUGUUGAAAGGUGCCCUGUCCUUCGGCAACAGGCCUGUCGAAAACGUAUGAAAGCCCUCCCGUCGGUCCCCUGUACUCUUGAUCAACAUUGUCUCCGUUGUGUUGAGAGGCUCCAUCGCGUGCAUGCGGCUGGGAAAACGUAUGUCCACGCGCCAACAUGGCCGCUUUGACGGCGUCAAAAAAGAUUUUGUCCUGGUACUGUGCAACACCAUGCACAAGCGAGAGACUUUGAAUUCC